AUGUUUCCUGCAUUGCAGUAAUAAUAAUUAUAAAGGGUAUAAAUAAAAUGAAUCCUAAUCAAUAAUAACUAUUAUCAGUCCCUCCAGAAAAACACUUUUGACUCGAGAAAAUCACCAUUUUAUAGAUCAAAUUGGAGGAAAUAAACACACCAAAUGGGCAAAAGGCACAGGAAAAAAGGCAAUGAAUUCGUUUUUUAAAAAUAAUAAUAGUAGAAAGAGAUAAUCAAUGUUUUAUAUUUGCUGUUAGCCGCCCUGAGCCCGGUUUUUAAAGGGCGGCGUAUAAAUAAAAAAAUUAUAUUCUUAUUCUUAUUCUUAUAUUCUUAUUCUUAUAUUCUUAUAUUCUUAUUCUUAGAUUCUUAUUCUUGAUUCUUAGAUUCUUAUUCUUAGAUUCUUAUUCUUAUUCUUAGAUUCUUAUUCUUAUUCUUAGAUUCUUAUUCUUAGAUUCUUAUUCUUAUUCUUAUAUUCUUAUUCUUAGAUUCUUAUUCUUAGAUUCUUAGAUUCUUAUUCUUAUUCUUAGAUUCUUAUUCUCAGAUUCUUAGUCUUAUUCUUAGAUUCUUAUUCUUAUUCUUAUUCUUAUUCUGAGAUUCUUAUUCUUAUUCUUAUUCUUAUAUUCUUAUUCUUAUUCUUAGAUUCUUAUUCUUCUUCUUAGAUUCUUAUUCUUCUUCUUAGAUUCUUCUUCUUCUUCUAGAUUCUUAUUCUUAGAUUCUUAUUCUACUCCAGGCCGAAAAGAACCCUGCCGUGCCGCCUCGCCCACAAAACCGCCCGCCCUCUUUGGUCUCCGAGCCCCUUCGGCUCCGCUCGGCGCUGCUCGGGCCUUUCCGCCGCCGCUCGGCCAUUUCCGCCUCUCCGGGGCUUUCCGCUGGCUGCAGCGGCGCUGGACAGGAACGGAUCGCUCCGCGGGCGAGAGGUGGGUGCAGGCCGGACCCCCCCAGGGGGUGCUUUUUUUUUGGGGGGGGGGGGGGGGACAUAUUGCAUUGCAUUGCACCCCUCCCCACAGCUCAGCCCAAUUGCACACCCCCUCCCAACCCAGAACAGCAUUGCAAUUUUAUUUUUGAUUUUUUUCUGGGGGGUGGGGGGUGGGAUUUGCAACAUGCAAAAUAAUUAGGGGUGGGGGAGACUUUUAAAAAAUAUAUUUUAAUUGCAAUCGCUGCAAACCGCCCCUUGCAUUUUGCACAACUCUCUUGCUUUUUUUGCAGGGGGGGGAGUUUAAAAAUGAAGCAUUUAAAGGGUUUUGGGGGGGCGGGACGUGAGCAUUUAUUUUGGGGGGGUUAAUAAAAGGCUGCUGCAUAUAUAGAAUUUGGAGGAAGCGCAGAACCCUAUUUGCAUCGGGGGAGGGUUGUGGGUGUUAAAAACGAAGGCCCAUUUUUUUGGAGGGGGGGGCUGUUUGCAGCCAGGAAUGUUGCCGCAUAUAUAUAUAUAUAUAAUUUCUUGCAAAUCUCAUCCCAUGUGGAUAAUUCUCUUUUUUUGGAGGGGGUUUCCUCUUUAGCGUAUUUCUCCCCCCCCCCAAAAAAAGCAUCUUGAGCUUUUCUUACUGCUAAUUAUCAGCAAUCAGAAUCGGGGCGCUUGCAAGUUUGGCAACAAAUGUUUUCCAAAGGAAUCUGCCACUUGCAGCCCAUUCUGUAUCCAUGCACCCCUUUUCCUUCUUUUUUUUGGGGGGGGGCCUUGUGAUCCACUGGAUUCCCCCCCAUGAACUUCCUCCAAACCCCACUUCAUCGCAAUUUCCCUUUGCAUUCUCAAGUUUUUCCUCCCCAGGAGAAAACGGAGGAGGAAAUUUCUCUUGUUUUAAUUUCUUUUUUAAUAAUAAUAAUAAUCGUGCUUUAUUUUUUAAGUCGCCAGAAUUACAUACAUGAGGAUAUAUACACAGUUUGGGUGUAUAUGUAUAUAUGUGUGUGUGUAUUUUUAUAUUUUUACAUUUAUAAAUUAAAUAAAAGCUUUCCUUGUGAGCCGCAAGCAGGAGACAAUAGACCCUUUUUGUUUCCUUCCUUGGGGUGCUGUUGACCGUGGACACGAUCCAACCGCUGCUGGUAAAUUGUAGAUUUAUUAUGGUUCCUGUAUGGAGCCUCCAUGGACAGUGCCAGUCUACCUUAGAAGGCUAUUCUGCUUGGGACCAAGCCAGGAACCUGAACUCGGGCCCUGAACCAGAUGAUCCCCUACCCCUCUCACAUCUGGAGGCUAAAUAAUAAUAAUAAUUAUUAUUAUGUAUUAUUAUUAAGUUGCCCCAGCCACUCUGGGCAGCUUCCGGCCCGCACGAAAUUAACAACGAAACAUCAAACGUUAAAAAUAACGAUCGGCUCCUAUAUAUAUAUGUUAAAAAGUCGCGACGACUUGAAAAUAAACCACUUACACCAAAGAAAGGAAUAUGCGACUGCGCAUUAGAAUCCAGUAGCUAAAAUUAAACCCCAGCAAGGAAUUAAUUCGGCCGUCGACGCUUCUCGCAAUAAACGACCGCACGUCUGUAACGAGAAAAUAGCAGCGUUGCCUAAAAAUGCAAUCUUGCAAAACGACGUGAAAGGGUUAAAUGAAGAAACGAAGACGCGCUAAUUAUUAUUAUUAUUUAUUUAUUUAUACGCCCCCCCCUCCACCCGGCUGGGUUUCCGCAGCUACUCUCGGCGGCCUCCGACAAAAUAUUAAAAAAUACAAUAAUCCCGUCAAAUAUGGAAAGCUUCCCUAAACGUAUAAAGUUAUUUAAAACGAGACGGAACGAAAAUUAAUUCGAAAAUCCCGCCUUCUUAGUGCGCUUGCAAGGCGCUAGUCCUCAGCGUUGCAGCGGGGUCAGACUAGAUGACCCCUGGAACCCCUUCCCAGCCUUACAUUUCCUCUCUCCUCCUCUUCCCUCCGCUCCUCCUCCUCGUAUUCUCGCACCCGGAAGGAAUUUUUCCCCAUCUUUUUCUCCCGACUCCGGAGAAAAAAAUCCUUUUUCUCUCUGGCUCUCUGUGUCCCGCCCCCCCACCCCCUUUUCCCGGACCCCCAAACCGGAUUCUUGCUUCCAGGCCCCUCUGUCUUACUCUGGGGAAAGAGCCAGGAUCCUGCCCGCCACCCCCAACCGAAGACGGGAAAGGAUGAGAGAGCCGUAAAUCUCAAAUUUUAUUUUUAAAGUAAGAAUUGGGAGAGGAGGUGGGAAUCGCGCCCAGCCGUGGGAUCGGGGCCGGGGUUUGGGAGGGAAGGAAGAGUCAGAAAGCCAUUUUCUAGUUAGAAUGAUGUUGGAUUGAAGUUAAGUGGUUUCUAGCUGUAAUGGUCAAAGAAUAUGGGAAAAUUGGAUUUUCAAUAGGUCAAAAUUAAUGCUAUCAUAUAUUAAGAUUAAAGAUUAGGAUAAAAUAAGGAGGAAAGGAAUUGCUGAACUAAUAAAUUGAACCGGAAUACAAAAAGGGAGGCAUGGGGAGGUCCGGGAAACCAGUAAAAGAAAGAUAAGUGCCGAAACGAGGGAAUUGUUUUUAAUUGUGGUUUUUUUUUAUUGUAUUUUGUAUUUUUCUUUUCUCUGUUUUUCUUAUCAAUGUAAUCUUUUUUUGAAACUUUAAUAAAUAUCAUUUAAAAAACAAACAAAAAGAAAGCCAUUUUUUGUAGUUUUAUAUCUUGGUUCUGUUCUGAGACUCCCCAGGUAUAGGGCAGUAAAUAAAUUCAGAUAAUAAUAAUAAUAAUAAUAAUAAUAAUGGAACCUCCAGCUGCAGGGACAGUCUACCUGGAUUUCUACCUUUUGGCCGGACUUUUCUCUGUAAAUUCGAUUUCCCUAUUCCACAAUUGUUCCCAUGCGUCCGUUUCUAUAUUAUGACCCGUAUUGAUGGCCCAAUGGAUUUUACCUGCUCACCCUUAUGAUUAUGAUUAUUAUUAUUAUUCCUCCUCCUCUUCUUCUUUCUUCGUCUACUUCUUCGUUCCCGGCCAGGCCUUGGCAUUGACUGCUUCUACUUUGCGCGGCAAACCCAGCCAGAUGGGCAAGGAAUAAAGAAUAUAUUAUUAUUAUUAUGUAUUAUUGAUGUAUUAUUAUUAUUAUUCUCUCCUUUCCCCCCGGAUGGGCGAGGAAUAAAGAAUAUAUUAUUAUUAUUAUUAUUAUUAUUAUUAAUUGAAUAAUUCUCUCCUUUCCCCCCAGAUGGGCGAGGAAUAAAUAAUAUAUUAUUAUUAAUAUUUUAUUAUUAUUAAUUGAAUAAUUCUCUCCUUUUCCCCUGGAUGGGCGAGGAAUAAAGAAUAUAUUAUUAUUAUUAUUAUUAUUAUUAUUAAUUGAAUAAUUCUCUCUUUUUCCCCUGGAUGGGCGAGGAAUAAAGAAUAUAUUAUUAUUAUUAUUAUUAAUUGAAUAAUUCUCUCUCCUCCUCCCCCCCCCCCGCUGCUUUUCCAGGGUCCCCAUCCUGCGCAUCGGAAACACCCGCCCGCCGGAAAACCCCGCUCGGCCGCCGCCGCUUCCCCCGCCUCCCCGGAUUAUGCUGGUCGCUCCCUCCCUCUGCUCCAUCGUCUGGCUGAGUCGCGGGUUCAAGUUGCGGGAGCGCGGCUGCACUUAA